AUGCGCUCUCCCCCCUUUUGUUCAUCACUCUGGUCGCUGGGUGGUCUCAACCCACCGGGCGGGCGCGUGUCUCGUUCGUUGCCGCCGACGCCGCGGACCCUGCGGCUGCUCUCCACGGCGCCUGCCGCGCCCUCCUGUCCCCGCGGUGGUGGUGGCGUCAACGCUGGCGCUGAGGGCGCACGUGAGCAGGUGUCGAUGUUCUACGACGGCAAGUGCCCGCUGUGCGCCUAUGAAGUGAGCCACUACCAGCGAUUGGACAAGGACUUCAAGAACAUUCGCUUCCUUGACAUCAACGACGACGGGGUGAAGGAC